GUAAUCUGGCCGCCCUCCAUCUUCGCGCUUUCCUGUGCCCACGGACUCGAGUUUGACAUGUCUGUCACCACCACUACUGCAACAAACAUCACCGUCCAAGUCUCACGUCGACCUGGUCGCCGUCUCGAGUUCCCACCAUGCGUUCUAUAUCCUGACCUUGUAUCUCCUACUUUGCGAGAAUAGACUCUAUAUUCUAUACGCCCAGUCUUCUCCAACGCAUCACCAGAACCCACCGAAUAUCCUCGUCGCCCCACCUGUGUUCCGUUCAAAAUGCCUGUGGAAAACGACACUCGAGGAUGGAUUAUGACAUGUAUCAGUGGGAUUGCCUGCGUGCUGGGCGCCACGAUCAUCUGUGUCGAUAUAGUUGUCCGUUUGUUUCCCCGCUGGCGAAAUUUCUCCAUCGCUGAAAGCGAUGCUUUCCUCUCGGCGUCGCUCAGCCUGAGUUUCGGAGUGAUGUUAUUUUCCGCCCUGUACUCGAUGCUACCACAGUCGAAGAAAUAUCUCAAAGACGCGGGAUAUUCGCCCCGAGACGCCUCGUACCUUUUGAUCGGCCUAUUCUUGACCGGCGUGAUCGGCAUACGGCUUUUGUCGGGCGUGAUCCAUGGGUUUUUGCCCACGCACGUCGUUGACUGCGACCACACCCACGACGACGAGGAGGCCCUCACGAAGCAGCAUGAAGAGAUGGCAGAGCACUCUCAAGAAGGCGACACUACCAAUGGCCUCCCAAUAUCGAAAUCAUUUUCUGCGCCGUCUGCGGAAGACCACGAAGAGACUCCGUUGUUGGCACGCACGGCCAGCCAAAGUCCCAAGAAAGGUCACCUUGGUACACAUGGAGACCAGGAGCGCGGCCGGAAACAGUUAUUUCACACAGCACCCAGCUCUCGAAAGCACUCUGUUAUUCCUGCUACGUUGACAAGGACAUUCUCCAAAUAUGUUGCCGGACAGAAGGAAAAUUGUGACGAGGAGGGUCCUUGCAUGGGCUUUUCCGAUCCUUGCGGACAGGAUUGUUUCAAGGUCGUACAUCGCCGAGGUUCUGUGUUACCAGGCCAUGGUCCCUUUGCCAGACAUCAAACAUGGCGCAGUUAUACUUCUGAUGGUGGCCAUCUAGCGCCCCCGUUGGAAGGAUUGGGAGAGAGUCCGCCCGAAGAUACAACCGAAUCGACUCGGCCUAACAACCUGAGCUUGACCAGGAGUGUGAAGCGCCCGCGCUCUGUGACACAUCAUACCCACCACUUCCAUCACCCGGAGCACGAUCAUGCAGAGGCGAGUGGCAGUCUGCGGCGGGGUUCUGUCUUUUCGAAUGCGCCCGAACAUCACCAUCAUGUCCCCACCAAUGCAUUCAUGUCAAUAGGACUUCAGACAUCGUUGGCGAUUGCCUUGCACAAGGCUCCCGAAGGAUUCAUCACCUAUGCGACCAAUCACGCCAAUCCGCAGCUUGGAUUUUCCGUCUUUAUGGCGCUCUUCAUCCACAACAUCACCGAAGGUUUUGCCAUGUCAUUGCCCCUAUAUCUGGCUCUAGACUCCCGAUUCAAGGCAAUUGCAUGGUCUUCGUUCUUUGGCGGGGUUUCACAGCCUAUAGGAGCCGGGGUCGCGGCUCUAUGGUUCAAAUUGGCCAACCGGAGCAGUUUGGGCGCACCUACGGAGGGCAUUUACGGAGGCAUGUUUGCGGUCACUUCAGGAGUUAUGACCAGCGUGGCUUUGUCUCUGUUUGCCGAGAGUCUGCAGUUGACUCACAACAAGGGCACUUGUAUUGCUUUUGCAUUUCUGGGCAUGGGCAUUCUGGGAUUCAGUUUUGCAUUAACAGCGAGUUGAGGUUUGAAGUUUGGAUCACGCAGCGGGUAUAGUGGUUUUGUGCUUUUGUUCAGCGAGGUUCCCGGUUGCCACUGCUGCAGAGCUUGGCAGAGUUAUGGUAUUAUUACGAUGGAACGACAGUGGCUAGGUCAAGGCCAAUAUUGGGUUUGCAUACGAUACUACAACUAGUACCUCAUGCAUACAGUACUAGGACUCCGGUUGAGGAGGUUGUAUAAAACAUGCUUCAAGACAUGGAAACGACCAUUCCACCGCUACUGUAAAAGACUUGAACCGAAGAUGGAAUGCAGCUGUGUUAAAUUCGUGACGCUGGUGUCUUUGUGGCCCGGAACUUGGACCAACAGCAUUGACACUGCA